AUGAAUUCAAUAGAUGGUGAUUGCACUAGGGAUUAUUUAGCUUCGGAAGCUGCUCGUCAAGUUGAAAAUUUAAAUAUAACUUUUAAAAACGUUUCGUCACUUCACAAGGAGUUGUUAGAAAUAAAUAUCUCAGUAAAAGCUUACAUUGAGGAAAGCAAGAAGAGGCUCUCUCAUUUAAGAUUACAAGCAGCGAACAACGCGAAAAGUGCACAAGAAGUUGCUGAAGUUUUAUCUAAAAAUUAA